AUGGUGCAGCAGGCCGAGAGCUUGGAAGCGGAGAGCAACCUGCCCCGGGAGGCGCUGGACACGGAGGAGGGCGAAUUCAUGGCUUGCAGCCCGGUGGCCCUGGACGAGAGCGACCCGGACUGGUGCAAGACGGCGUCGGGCCACAUCAAGCGGCCUAUGAACGCGUUCAUGGUGUGGUCCAAGAUAGAGCGCAGGAAGAUCAUGGAGCAGUCGCCGGACAUGCACAACGCUGAGAUCUCCAAGAGGCUGGGCAAGCGCUGGAAAAUGCUGAAGGACAGCGAGAAGAUCCCGUUCAUCCGGGAGGCGGAGCGGCUGCGGCUCAAGCACAUGGCCGACUACCCCGACUACAAGUACCGGCCCCGGAAAAAGCCCAAGAUGGACCCGUCGGCCAAGCCCAGCGCGGGCCAGAGCCCGGAGAAGAGCGCGGCGGGCGGCGGCGGCGGCGGGAGCGCGGGCGCGGGCGCGGGCGGCGGCGCCAAGACCUCCAAGGGCUCGAGCAAGAAAUGCGGCAAGCUCAAGGCCCCCGCGGCCCCGGCGGCCGGCGGCGCCAAGGCGGGCGCGGGCAAGGCGGCGCAGCCCGGGGACGGCGGCGGCGCGGGCGACGACUACGUGCUGGGCAGCCUGCGCGUGAGCGGCGCGGGCAAAACGGUCAAGUGCGUAUUCCUGGACGACGACGAGGACGAAGAGGACGACGAGGACGAGCUGCAGCUGCGGAUCAAGCAGGAGGCGGACGAGGACGACGACGAGCCGCCGCCGCACGCGCAGCUCCUGCAGCCGCCGGGCCAGCAGCCGCCGCCGCCGCCGCUGCUGAGACGCUACAGCGUCGCGAAAGUGCCCGCCAGCCCCACGUUGAGCAGCGCGGCCGAGUCCCCCGAGGGCGCGAGCCUGUACGACGAGGUGCGGGCCGGCGCGGCCUCGGGCGCGGGGGGCGGCAGCCGCCUCUACUACAGCUUCAAGAACAUCACCAAGCAGCACCCGCCGCCGCUGGCGCAGCCCGCGCUGUCGCCCGCGUCCGCGCGCUCCGUGUCCACCUCCUCUUCGUCCUCCUCGUCCAGCGGCGGCGGCGGUGGCGGCAGCAGCAGCAGCAGCAGCAGCGGCGGCGAGGACGCCGACGACCUGAUGUUCGACCUGAGCUUGAAUUUCUCCCAAAGCGCGCACGGCGCCGGCGACCAACAGCUGGGGGGCGGCGCGGCGGCAGGGAACCUGUCCCUGUCGCUGGUGGAUAAGGAUUUGGAUUCGUUCAGCGAGGGCAGCCUGGGCUCCCACUUCGAGUUCCCCGACUACUGCACGCCCGAGCUGAGCGAGAUGAUCGCGGGGGACUGGCUGGAGGCGAACUUCUCCGACCUGGUGUUCACGUAUUGA